CUUUGUUAAAUCGUUUCAGUAAAUCACAUCAAUAUAAGACUCAAGUGGACAACAGGUGUUCCGCCACCAACUCAACAUAACCCGCAUCAACAACAGCUCGACCACGUCAACAACUUGCAGCAACAUUGUCACUACGCGCGGCAAUUAGCAAACGAGCAUACAUACGACACAGUCAUGUAUGAGAAUUCCUGUUCAUAUCAAACUGCGCUGGACCUGAAGCGCGUCUCGCCGCCCAUACUGGCACAGGUGAAGACCGAAGACUGCUUGACGCUCGGCCAGUGCUCACCUGAUUGGUCCACAUAUCGCUUCCAUCAGUCCACAUUCGAGCAGCUGAAGCAAAGUGUUGAGAAAGCGAAGGCGGCAUUGCAAGAUCGUAGCAGCUUCUUCGGCGCUUCCAGUGCGUUUAGUGACAUUUAUUCAACGCAACGGCUCAGUGAUACGCUUGGCGACACUUUGCCCAAUGUGCAACCGACAAAUGGCAGCAAUUGCAUCGGCAUUGUGCACAACAGCGGCGGCAUUAGUGGCAAUUCGGUGGCGAGCGCGCCGAGUUUAGUGCUGAACGGCAAUUGCAUCACCACCGUCUCAUCGGCCACCACGGGCCAACGCUAUCGCUUAGAUAACCUACAACCGGUGACCGGUUGUUCACCCGUUUCACAGCAUGGCGUCAUCAGCGGGAACAGUGUACCGCCACCGCUGACCACCGGUGCACACGAAACGGUCGGCGCGGUGGAGAGCAAGUCGAGAGUUUACCUCAAAACGGAAACGGAACUUCCAACCGGAGGUAACGCUGUCGAAACGUCUCCGGCUGAGAAACCGCAUUGCCGACGCGCGCAACAGUCAACGCGCACAAAUCGCAUUGCCAUUUCGAAACGUUUGCAUUAG